AUGGACCAGGUUUUUGUGCAUUUAAGGGCUGUGUGUAUGAGGGUGAUGCAGAGGGUUUGUAUGUUGUGCAUUCACUGGGCUCUUGUUUUCAUUCUGCUGGUGCAUGCAGCCAAGGUGGAGCAGGUGAAGUUUGACACCACUCAGCUCCACGCCAGACCAGAGCUAGCUGCUGAGCAGAGAAUGGUAGAUGAUGCCUCCGGGGAAGUCGAGGUGUGGAGGAUUGAGGACUUGGAAAUGCAGCCAGUGAAUCCCAAGACAUAUGGGCAGUUCUAUGGAGGUGACUGCUACCUGGUGCUGUACACCUACUUGAGAUCAGGCAGGCCUCACUACAUCCUCUACAUGUGGCAGGGUCGCCAUGCCUCUGUGGAUGAAAUCACCGCCUGUGCCCUCAAUGCCAUCGAGCUGGACAAGAAGCAUGGGGACGAGGCUGUGCAGGUCCGUGUGACCAUGGGCAAGGAGCCCACACACUUCCUGGCCAUCUUCAAGGGCAAGCUGAUCAUUUACGAGGGCGGUACGAGCCGGGCUCAGAAAAGCACACCCGAGCCAGCGAUCCGCCUCUUCCAGGUGAGGGGCACGGAUGAGAUGAACACAAAGGCCACGGAGGUGCCAGCCCGGGCCUCCUCCCUCAACUCCAACGAUGUCUUUCUGCUGACGACCAGCCAAGUCUGCUACCUGUGGUGUGGGAAGGGAUGCAGUGGAGAUGAGAGGGAGAUGGCAAAAAUGGUAGCUGACAUCGUUUCCAAACGGGACAAGCACACCAUUUUGGAAGGACAAGAGCCAGCAGAGUUCUGGGAAGCCUUGGGAGGCAAAGCACCUUACGCCAGUGAAAAGAGGUUUCAAGAGCAAAUCACACACUACCAGCCUCGCCUCUUCGAGUGCUCAAACCAGACGGGUCGAUUCAUCAUGACAGAGGUGGUGGGCUUCUGUCAGGAAGACUUGGACGAAGAUGAUGUCAUGCUGCUAGACACAUGGGAAGAGAUUUUCCUUUGGGUCGGCAAAGCCUCCAACACAUACGAGAGGAAUGAGGCAAUUGCCUCAGCUAAGGAGUACCUCAAAACCCAUCCAGCAGGGAGAGACUUGGCAACUCCGAUCAUACUGGUGAAGCAGGGCUACGAACCCCUCAACUUCACAGGAUGGUUCAACGCUUGGGACCCGUACAAAUGGAGCGAUGGCAAGUCCUAUGAGGAGAUGAAGAACAGCCUAGGAGACGUGUCGGCUAUAUCCGAGAUCAAAGUGGACCUCAACAACAUCAGCCUGAACAAGGGAACCCUCAGCAUGACCAACUUGGCUGGUUCAAGCACACCAACUGCUUCCCCUGAGUAUAAAUCACACCUCAACCACAGUGACAGCAACAGCUACAGCAACAGCAGCAACUACAACAGCAACAGCAGCCCAGCCCUGGUGCCCAAUGGUGAAGGGAUUUACUCCCGAGAGGUGCUGAUGCACAGGACGGUGGAUGAACUCCCAGAAGGCGUGGAUCCCACUAGAAAAGAGUACUAUCUCUCUGAUGCCGAUUUCCACGAUAUCUUCGGGAAGUCCAAGGAUGAGUUCUACCAGAUGCCCAAAUGGAAGCAGCAGAACGAGAAGAAGCAAUGUGGACUCUUCUGA